AUGGAGGUAGUUGAUGCCAUUGAGAGCUUGUGGAGGUUGUUUUUGGUGGCUCUUGGGUUAGGGGCACUGUUGAUGCUCAUGGCCCGGACCAAGAGCACUGACCCCGGUGCUUCUCCGUCCCCCUCUGGCUCCACAUCCAAGAAGAGGGUCGAUGAGGAUCCUAGCUCCCAAGAUAAGGCGGAGCGGAGGACGAAGGCAAGACACGAUGCCCGCAAGCAAUGUAUCGAGGAAAAGGGCGUGAUGUGUGAACGCUAUGUGGAUAGAGUUUUGUUGGGACCUAGUAACGAGGUG